AUGGCGAAGACUGGCUCCUGCUCCAAUGAGAUCCUGGGCCUUAAGCUGCCGUCGGAGCCGGUGCUGAACGCCAACACGGUGUGCCUGACCCUGCCAGGGCUGACGCGGCGGCAGCUGGAGGUGUGUGUGCGCCACCCUGACGUCACCGCCUCGGCCAUCCAGGGCAUCCAGAUCGCCAUCCACGAGUGCCAGCACCAGUUCCGUGACCAGCGCUGGAACUGCUCCAGCCUCGAAACCAAGAACAAGAUCCCCUACGAGAGCAUCAUCUUCAGCAGAGGCUUUCGGGAGAGCGCCUUCGCCUAUGCCAUUGCAGCCGCUGGCGUGGUGCACGCUGUCUCCAAUGCCUGUGCCCUCGGCAAGCUGCAGGCCUGCGGCUGCGACCAGAAGCGCCGGGGCGAUGAGGAGGCUUUUCGGCGCAAGCUGCAUCGUCUCCAGCUGGAGGCCAUGAACCGCGGCAAAGGCAUGGUGCACGGGGUUCACAUGGAGCACAUGCCGGCCGAGACCCCCGGCCUUCAGGACUCCUGGGAAUGGGGAGGGUGCAGCCCCGAUGUGGACUAUGGGGAGAAGUUUUCCAAGGAUUUCCUCGAUUCCCGGGAAACCUACAGGGACAUCCACUCCCGCAUGAGGCUGCACAACAACCGCGUGGGCCGGCAGGUGGUGAUGGACAACAUGAGGAGGAAGUGCAAAUGCCACGGCACCUCGGGGAGCUGCCAGCUGAAGACGUGCUGGCAGGUGACACCUGAGUUUCGCCUGGUGGGGUCCCUGCUCAAGGACCGCUUCUACGGGGCCACCCUUAUCCGACCCCACAACCGCAAUGCCGGGCAGCUGGAGCCAGGCCACGCUCGGCACCGCCGCCGGGCCGGCAUCAGCGAGCUGGUUUACUUUGAGAAGUCACCCGACUUCUGCGAGCGGGAACCAGCCCUGGACUCCUUGGGCACCCAAGGGCGCCUGUGCAACAAGACCAGCCCGGGCAUGGACAACUGCGAGAGCCUGUGCUGCGGCCGCGGGCACAACAUCCUGCGGCAGACCCGCAGCGAGCGCUGCAACUGCAAGUUCCACUGGUGCUGCUUCGUGGCCUGCGAGGAGUGUCGCAUCACCGAGUGGGUCAGCGUCUGCAAGUAG